UUUUUUUCUUUCUCAAAACGACAAAAUUAUACUCAAUUAGUUGUCAGACCAUUCGAUAGGUAGAAGCCACAACAAAAGAAAACCCUUUUCAUUUAUUUUCAAAAUUACCCUUUUGGAGCUUUUGAGUUCCCUACUAUCUUCCUCUCUGCGCUUCGCUAUGGACAAAACGCACAGCGGGGAGGAGCAGGAUCCGAAUCCGACGCACCCGACCCGGAACCACCUGGAUCCACCACCCGGGUUAACCCCGGAAGAGUUCGAGGACCUCAAACCCUCCGUGCUGGAGCACCAUACCUACUCCGUAACCCCCACGCGCCAAUGCUCCUCCCUCCUCGCGCAGCGUAUCCACGCGCCGCCGCACACGGUGUGGACCGUCGUGCGCUGCUUCGACAACCCGCAGGCUUACAAGCACUUCAUAAAGAGCUGCCACGUCAAGGAGGGCUUCCAGCUCGCCGUGGGGUCCACACGCGACGUCCACGUCAUCUCCGGGCUACCGGCUGCCACAAGCACCGAGAGGCUUGACCUGCUCGACGACGACCGACACGUCAUCGGCUUCACCAUCGUCGGGGGCGACCAUAGGCUCAGGAACUAUAGGUCAGUCACCUCGGUGCACGGGUUCGAACGCGAUGGGAAGAUCUGGACCGUUGUUUUGGAAUCGUACGUCGUGGAUGUGCCCGAAGGGAACACCGAGGAGGACACGCGUCUGUUUGCCGAUACCGUUGUGAAGCUGAAUCUGCAGAAGCUCGCGUCUGUCACCGAAGGAAUGUGCGGUGACAGUGAUGGUAAGGGUAAUAACUAAUAAGUCUUCAUAGUUUGCGUGACUCAAACCGGAAGAAGAAAAACCUAAAUAUAUUUUUUAAUUCUGUAAUUUAAUAUUUUUUUUAUUCCUGAAAAUUUAUUUUGUUUGUUUUUAGUA